AUAAUGAGGUCUCCAUGUAGUGAUGGCAAUAACCUAAAGAAAGGUCCAUGGACACCUGAGGAGGAUCAAAAGCUGAUGGAUUACAUCAACAAAAAUGGCCAUGUGAAUUGGAAAUCAAUCCCAAAACAAGCAGGAUUGAAUAGGUGUGGCAAGAGUUGCAGACUUAGAUGGACAAACUAUUUGAGGCCUGACAUCAAGAGAGGACACUUUACGAAGGAUGAAGAGCGAAUCAUCAUCAAACUCCAUUCUGUUCUUGGAAACAAGUGGUCAAGGAUUGCAAGUCAUCUACCAGGGAGGACAGACAAUGAAAUAAAGAAUUUCUGGAACACCCAAAUCAGGAAGAAACUACUUCAAAUGGGGAUUGAUCCAAACACCCACAAACCAAGAAUAGAUCUCAAUCAACUCCUCAAUCUCUCUCAACUUCUUUCAACCAUGCGAUUUGCCAACCCAAUUAGCAUUACUUCAUGGGAGAGUAAUGGUCAGCUAGCUCAAAUUCAAUUAUUGCAAAAUCUAUUGCAGCUUAUGAACCCUUCAACCACAACUCUUUCAUCAGGACCUCAAAACCCUAAUCUUCUCAACUUGAUUGCUUCCUCAAUCAAUACUCCUCAUGAGGGUUUGCUUAAUAACCCACUUAGUAUAACACCUCAGGCAGAACCUAAUGAGUCACAAUUUUCUAUUGGGGAGUAUUUUGAAGGUGGGUUUGGCCUAAUUGACCUUGAAACCAACACUAAAAGCUUGGGGAGUACUUCCUUUGAUGUUAAAGCAGAAAACAGUACAAUUCCUGCAUUGGUUGAAGCCUCUCCAAUGGAGAACAAGAGCAGCAGCACACCAACAUCUCACCUCUCCUCCACCGCCUCGCCGGCCGAUAAUGAUUUCUUUGAUGGUUGGGAGAAAUUCUUGGAUGAUGGAGAUGGAGCCAGUGACUCCUACUGGAGAGAGAUUCUAGACUUGGCAUCAUCAUCUCAAUCGCCUCUCUUUUGCAAGAAGAACAACACCUAG